UUGACAGUAACUCGCCAGCCGACGAGGCGACAGGUUGUGUUGUUAACAAGCUCCGGCUGGAUGGAAGAAGAAGAAACUUUCAACACUUUCUUCCUCCCUCUUCCAGUGCGGAUUAAUUCCACCCCACUCGUUUGCGGAUUUUUGUGAUUUGAGUUUUUUUUUAUUGGUGCGUGAAUAAUGAAGACGAUUAGUGUCGACCCGCAUUCGACCGAUUCCAUCGGAACCGGGCCGGAAGAUGCCGUGUCUACGGGCUCGCAUUCGCCGCGAUCUUCGGUCGGUUCCAGCGGAAGUUUACUGGUUCUCGGCGAUUUGGCGCUGGAUGGGAACAGGAGCGAAGAAACGGGUUCUCUGUCGACUCCGACCACGCUGGAAAUGUCGGUCGAUCCGUUGCCUUCCGGUGGGGACAGUCGCAAAUCGGUAGCCAAACGGUAUCCGUCGUUUCGGGAUAUUUUCAUGAAACAGAUCAGUCGUGGGCGACGACUCUCUUCCGUCUCCAGCACGCCGGAUGCCGACCGUUCGCUGGAUCAGAGUAGUAGCAUCAGCAAAGCCAAGAAGAAACGGAAGAAGAAGAAGAAGGAUAAAAUGAGCGCCACUGGAUGCGCUGGAUGGCUGGAAAAGAAGAAGAAACGUAAAAAUUCCUCCGGGGAAACCACCGGUGGCUCGUUCAGCAGCAGCGUCGAGAGCUCGAAUGGAUCGAGCGACCAACCUCCGCCCUUGGUCACGCCACAGGAGGUUGAAGAGAAAGAAAUGGAAGAGGAAUUUCACGAGAAUCCCGAAGAUCAGACCAUCACUUAUUUCACUUCCGGCUCGGUUAGAGGCGGAGGGACUUACACGAAAUGUCCAGCCGACUGGACUUACGAAGAUGAUAUCGAUAGUCUUGGUUUGAGUGCUCCGCUAGUGAUCCCGAUCGCUCCGCUGGCUCAUUUAGCCCUGAAUGUGUUGAUAAGUGACCCGCAGACAUUCACGCUGACCAACUUGAGCAGUCUGAGGAGACGCGAGGAUCUGGGCAAGGGCGGUGUCGAGGACAUGAUUUCCAUUUCGGAUUUAAAUGAAGCCUCCCUCCUGUGGAAUCUCAAAGUCCGUUACGACGGACAACACAUUUACAGUUACACCGGUAACAUUCUGGUGUCGGUCAACCCUUACAAAAUGUUCGACAUCUACGGAUUGGACAUGGUGAAGAAAUACGAGAACCAGAUUCUCGGCACUUUACCACCGCACCUGUUUGCCAUCGGUUCGGCCGCUUAUGACCGUAUGACCAGCCGGGACAAGCCGGGCGGCCAACCGCAGGUGGUCAUCAUCAGCGGAGAGAGCGGAGCCGGAAAAACGGAGGCCACCAAGCUCAUUAUGCAAUACCUGGCCGCUGUCAACAACAGCAAGAUCCCGGGCGGGACUUCAUCGGGAGGAGGUGCGGGGUCGCGAUCCUCUUCGUCGCUCGUGACGGAGCAAAUCCUCGAGGCUUCACCGCUGCUGGAAAGCUUCGGCAACGCCACAACCGUCCGCAACGACAACUCGUCUCGUUUCGGCAAAUACACGCAGAUUUUCUUUAGAAAUGGAGCGAUCGCUGGGGCCAAGAUCACCGAGUAUCUCCUGGAAAAAUCGCGGAUCGUGACUCACGCGGCCGACGAGCGCAACUACCACGUCUUCUACGAACUGCUCAAGGGCUUGCGCCCAGAAGAGAAGGAACGUUAUGGACUGACGGCCGCCGACAACUAUUUCUACCUGAAUCAGGGUGGGCAUUGCGAAAGCGCUACCAAGCACGACGGUCAAGACUUCAAGACUCUUCUGUCGGCUAUGCAAAUUCUCGGGUUCAACGCCGAAGAACAAGACGUCAUCUUCCGCAUCUUGGCUUCCGUGCUGCAUCUGGGCAACGUCUUUUUCCACCGCAAGGCGCUCAAGCACGGCCAGGAGGGCGUGGAGAUGGGCUCAGACGCCGAAGUCCGUUGGGUGAGCCAUCUGCUCCAGCUGCGCACCGACGGCAUCGUGGCUGCUCUCACCACCAAAACCACCGAGGCCCGUAAUGAAAAACUACACACGCCGCUGAACAUCGAUCAGGCCUUAGAUGCUCGUGACGCCAUAGCCAAAGCUCUCUACAGUUCGCUUUUCGGUUGGCUGGUGAAUCGCGUCAAUUCGAUCGUCAACAAGGGCGAACGAUCCACAUCGAUCAACAUCCUCGACAUCUUUGGUUUCGAGGACUUCCCCGAAAACAGUUUUGAGCAGUUGUGCAUCAACUACGCCAACGAGAAUUUGCAGUUCUACUUCAACAAGCACAUUUUCAAGCUCGAGCAGCAAGAGUACGCCAAAGAGCGAAUCGAGUGGCAGACCAUCACGUUCACGGAUAACCAACCGGUAAUUAGUCUGAUUGCCAAGAAGCCGAUUGGCGUCCUGCAUCUGUUGGACGACGAAUCCAAUUUCCCCAAGGCGACUGACGGCUCCUUCCUGGAGAAAUGCCACUACAAUCACGCUCUCAACGAGCUCUACUUCCGGCCAAGAAUGUCGUCCAUGGAAUUUGGCAUCAAGCAUUACGCCGGACAGGUGUGGUACAAUGCCGACGGUUUCCUGGACAAGAAUCGUGACACGUUGAGACCCGAUGUGGUCGAUUUGCUCAUCAGCAGUCGAAUCCAGAUGCUAUCGAGAAUGUUCCAGGAUAUGAAGAAAGCUCACGAAUCGAGCAAGAUGCUCAAUCGUGGCGACGGCCGAUUUGUCACCAUGAAACCCAGGACGGCAACAGUGGCUGCCCGAUUCCACGACUCGCUCCAGGCUUUGCUCGAGUCCAUGUCCAAAUGCAACCCCUGGUUUGUCCGCUGCUUGAAGCCCAACAGGGAAAAGCUUCCCAUGAGCUUCGAUUUGCCCGUGGUCCUGGAGCAGCUGCGCUACACUGGAAUGUUGGAGACGAUCCGAAUCCGUAAAAACGGCUAUCCAGUUCGCAUGAAAUUCCACCAUUUCAUCGAACGCUAUCGCUGCUUGCUGACGAGAAGAGAGCGACGCAAUUUGGCUCGAAGCCCAAAUCCUCCAGGCCCGGACAUCUGUCGCAUUGUGCUGGACAGACACGCCCAGGGUGACCAGUUCCAGCUCGGCACCACCAAAGUGUUUAUGCGCGAAGCGUUGGAGCAGCAAAUCGAACGGAAGCGAUUGGAUCAGAUGCGCGAUGCGGCCAUCAAGAUCCAACGGGCCGUCCGGACGUAUCAGCUCAGGAAGGACUUCCUGACCCAACGUCGAAGUGCAGUGGUGAUUCAAGCGUGGGUCCGUCGCUACCAGGCCCGCAAGCGGUUCAACACGAUCCGCCGAGGAGUGAUCCUUGCCCAGGCCCAAUUCCGCGCCACCCGUCAGCGACGGUUGUACAAGGAACUGAGGGCAGAGCUCCAGCGAAGAGAAGAAGAACGCGUGACGACGAGGGAGCAAAACAUUAAACAACAGCAACAACAUCAACUAAUACAGCAACAAAUGCAGCAGAGCCAUCAAAUGCAGCAGCUGCAGCAGCAGCAACAACAACAACAACCCAAUCCUCGCGCCGUGGCCAAUGAAAUGGAGCGCGAAGCCAAGGCGAUGGCUGGAUUCAAUCAUUUGGAGAUUCCGGCCGAACUGGCGUUUAUCUACAGUAAACUGGACGAUUGGCAGCCCAUCCAUUCUGAACGCAACGUCGUUAAAGUCGUCGGCGCCGUUCCGUCAUCCGAACGUGAACGUGAGCUGCCCGACGAUUUGGACCAUCACGCUUUCACCAAAUUCACCAGCAUUUACUUCAAGUCGCACUUGUGGGGCUCCAAGAGAGACCCGAUUCAAACGCCUCUACUUCCCAAGAAUUCCGAGGCGGACACGGCGGAUUCGUUGGCCAUUUUCAAGUUGAUUCUGCGUUUCGCCAACGGGCCCAAAGCCGGCUCUCUCAAUGGGAAUCAGGCGCAAUGGAAACGUGAAUUGGCGCUGGGAAAUUACAUUGUUCACAAAGGCAUCGUGCGGGAACAAUUGCGCGACGAGAUCUACUGUCAAAUUUGCAACCAAACGUGGCGCAAUGAAGACCCUGAAGCCGUGGCCCGCUGCUGGUACCUCAUGGCCAAUUGCCUCUCCGCUUUCCCUCCGUCGCCCGUCCUCUACAAAUACCUGCUCAAGUACGUGUCCGAUCACGCGUAUGAUGGAUACCGGGCCAUCUGCCAGCAGAAAUUGAUGCAGUCGUACGCACUGGAACCUCCACUGGCCAGAGCUUACCCGCCAACGGUGAUGGAAUGGAAGGCCAACCGCAAAUGCGUCAAUAUGGCGCUGGAGGCCCGCUACCCUGACGAUGAGAGUCGACACGCAGGCGUUGAAUCUUGGUCGACAGCCGAGAAUGUUGCUUCGUUGCUAAUGCGCGCCAGAGGUUUAGAAGGCAGCGAGGCAGAAGGCUGGACAGUCAGCAUGGCUCAGGCUGACGAAUUCUUCGAUCUGAACGGCCAGGAUUUCGUCCUAGACGUCGUCGCAGAGUUGGAGACUCCACCAGCAUUCCCCAUUCACAAAGGAGGACAUUUCUUGAAUUCUAGGAACGAAAACGAAUCUCCGUAUGCUUACGGGCCGCCCAGGACGCCCAACGGAAUGUCGCCGUCGAGAAAUGGGCACCGGAAUUCAAACAGGCAAGGCCGGGCACAUUCAUCGUACGCCGUGCACCGGGACGAGCCCGGUAGACGCUCGGCUGCUGUCGUCGGCGGCAAGCGCUUCGUCAAGAGCGAACAGAACCGCUCCCAAGCCAAAAUGAGUCGCAGUUUGGAUAACCUUCUCCAUGUUGAAUCGGGGAACGAAUCGGAAGUGACCAACAGAAUGGGACUGUCACGCAGUCGACUCAACGACAGGUACCGCUCAAUGGACAAGCUCAAGGCAAGCAACAAGAGUUUGCUGGUCCAACGCUCAGAAAGCCAUCGUCACAGUGGAAGUGGACAUCACCAUCCCAGACCGGCAACAGCUGGUGGGGAGGCUGAAUGGAGUAAACUGGGACUGAGUAGCAGCGCCCUCAACAGCAGAUAUUUCAGCCAGCAGAAUCUCAAAGCCGGAGUUAGGGCUACGGACAGUGAUUCGUCCGAGCCGGACGAGAAGCCAAGACGAAAGAAAUCUUCCAGCUCAAGAUCCAACGGCCAUUCACCGUCAAAGAGGAAAGGCGGACGAACUUCAGAAGAGCGGACGGACGGAGGUGAUUCCGACACGCCGGGAGACAAUGGCUCGGACCUGGAAAAUCGACGACAGCCCGCCAAGACGGAAGAAUAUUACAACGGCCGAAACAAUGGCCGAUUCAUCAAAGCCCAGCCUCCGCAGGGCAAUGGCAAGAAGACCAAGGGGGCCGUCCACAGUUCCAGGGCCUACAUUGAGACCCGUAACGCUUCCGAAUCGAAAGAACAUUUGGCCAAAUCUUCGGCCAUGUCCGACACUAGUGAAACAGUUUCACUGACGUCUCACGUUCGUCGAGUUCGUGUUCCAUCGCAGUCUUCGGACGUGGACCAGUAUUUGGAUGAUUUGUUCAUGCCCGUCUUGGACGGAAACAUUGACGAGUACUCGGACGCUCGAUCCCUGGCCGCUUCCAUCAAGGGAGGCAGUCAGAAGUGGAAAGAACCUGCGGAUGUGACUGAUUUUGUGGAUAAUCUCAUCGCCGAUAUCCGACCGGAUGAAGAUUUGGAAGGAGCCGAUCAAGUGGAUUCAUUGGCCGCACUCAUUCAAGGUGGCGGCAAAGGUUUGAAGGAUCCCGGACAGAGUUAUUCGAGUCCGUCUCGCGAAGCCCCGUUCCAGCCGAUCGGCAUCAACAUCGGCACUCCGCAGCAAUCGCUCGGUCUGAUGUCACCAUCGCCACUUUUGAUGCCGGGAUUCUUUGGAGCAUACGCUGGACUGCCUUUCCCCAUGCCAGAUGCGGGACUCAAGUACUUCAACGAGAUUGCCUCGGUCCAGCAACAACAGAGUUCGUCCGUGCCGCCUUUCUCUUUUCCCUACACCACCAGUAGUCCUCUACCUUUCUUUCAAUUGCCGUCAGGAUUCCCAUCGAUGGGUGCACCCAAUUCUUCCAACAGCGGUGGGCCGACCAGCGGUAUGGAUCACGCCAUGCAACAGAACUUGAGCCGUGCUUUUCUCCAAUCGGCAGUGGCCCAGAACAUGCAGAUCCAGCAGCAAUUGAUGGCCCAGAAUCAAGCUCUUCAGCAGCUACUCAAUACGCCGGCCCUACUCCACCCAUCACCACUUCUACCACCUUCCACCGUUACUUCUGCUCCUCUGAUCAUGACCGUUUCGCCCACGUCUCCCGUCUUGAUGCAUGUCUCCUCCACCAUGGCUACCGCUCGCCCGGACGCCGCUCAAAAGCGCCCAGCUACCAAGGAAGCUGGUGAUGAUGACGAUAACGAGCAGGGCGGCAGUCGAGCAGUCGACAUCCACGACGAUUCCGAUCUGUGGCGCAUCGAAGGACCUUCGACAGUGCUGGCCAGGAGCGGUUCCCGCGGUCAGGGCGAUCAAGUGCCCGCUCCCAUUCUACCGAAAUCACGCAGGGAAUCGGGGCUACCCGUUCUGGAGUCGCGCCAGUCCUUUUCACGGGCACAGCCGAACGACAGCACACCCGAGCAUGUCUCUAACUCACGCAAGUUAAGCCAAAGUCACGAACCUACCGUCUUCAAGGGGGCUCCACCUCCACCACCACCGCCUUUGCCGCCAGAGCCAAUUUUCGGCGACCCCAACGCAUCUCAUCACUUGAUGGACACUUACGGACGGGCCAAAACGGUCCGCAUCGGCAAAUGGAGAUGGCCGCCAGCGCGUUCGGAUGACGAUCCGGCCGUUCCGCAGCUCACUGGAAGCUUCCUUGAAUUCAAGAUGCAACAGAAUCAACGAAGACGAUCGUCAGAAAACGCCCAGCCUUACGAGGGUGUUGAAUGGGAUUCUUUCGACAUGGAGUCUGAGGAACCUAAACCGGAAGAAGAGAUUCAAGAUUCGUCCAAUGCUUUGUCGAUCUUUAAGGGCCGAGAGCGCAGCGUCAGCCCCGUCCGUCAACUGAGGGAUGUCAAAGCCUCGCCCGGAAGUAUCGGCAAACUCAAAAUCAGUUCGGAGAUGAGAGCCAAACUGGAACUGGUGACCAUUGCCCAUCAAGCAACGUCCAAACCGUCUAACGAAAGAUCGCCGGAACCGAACGGGCGCACUGAAACAGGCGGCGUUCGUAAACUGGAAGACAACCGUCGCCUGAUGUUGCAGCAACAGCUGAGCGGACGGAAAUGGGAUUCGGUCGAAGAGGUAGAGCGCAUCACCCGGAGGGCUUCGUGCGAGGAACGAAGUGAUCUGAUCAAAGCUGUUCACCAAAGGCCUCCCCCCGACCAAGUAGAUAGAGCUCGUCGUAGUAGUGAUAUGUCAUCGUCGAAUACGCGGUCAUCACAGUUUGAAACGGCCCAACGAUCCUCAUCUCCCCCAACCACUUAUUAUUCCAUGCAGGAAUCGAAUGGCGUCUCUUUGUCAAACGGAUUGGAGCCUCGUUUAUUGGCUUCAUUUCCAUACGAAGAUCAGCGUAAAUCAUCCAUCGACGACGAACUGGCUACAAGAGCCCUGGAGAGCAUCCACACCAAGUUGUACGGACCUCUCAACGCUCCGUUUUUCACUUAUAAUAACGUCCCCUGGACGCUUCACGUCCGCAAAGAGUUGUUCUCACCGUCGGAGAACGCAUUGGUCCAUCCACUGGGACUGCACUUGAUCUUCUGCCAAGUAGUCCAGGAUACGUACAAUGACGCCUGUCUCAGGAUCAGUCGUGACGACCGUGCCAAGAUGCAACAGAUGUUGGAGAAUUACGGCAUCUCGCCAGAGAACGCCACCAAUGGCCACCACAAAAUAACGCUCAAGCGCAACGUUGUCGAAAUGGCCAAAGAAUGGCCACUCUAUUUCGCUCGUCUCUAUCCCGUUUCGGGUACCCGACAACACGCUGAUGUUCAGUUCUUGGCCGUUUCACACUCUGGCGUCCGUUUGGUCAAGCGCCAGCAGAUCGGUCAACUGGAAUCGCUGCACGUGUUGCAAUCGUUCGGUUUCAGUGACAUUCUCAACGUCACAACUCCUCGAUCCAGCACCUUGCAGAUUACACUGAGGACAGGCGGACCGUUCCAGUUUUACACGCAACGAGCUACUCUCAUCAGAGACCUCGUUCAUCGCUUCGCAAACGAAGCCGAAAAGGAACCGUUAGAGUAUGUGAAAGCGGUGGCCAAUUACGUCACCCGCGAAUCGACUCUCCUCAGUUUCCACAAAGGCGACGUCAUCCAGGUCGUCCGAGACGAGCAGUACGUCGACAAAGGCUGGAUGUUUGGCAAAUUAGACGGUCGCGUGGGAAUCUUCCCGGCCGACUACGUUGAACCGAUGAGUCGCAUCGAGGCUCGCAAGAUUUCGGCCUCUUCAUCACGGCACACCAAUCAACAGGAUGAUUAUAGAGGUGGAGCCAUAUCUCCCGGACCCCAUCACGACACAUCGCUGGAUAUGACCAGCUCAGACAAUUCGCGUCUGGACGAUCCCGGAAGUCCGACUCAACCGAACGAUGGAAAGCAUUCGUUACUCCAGUUCGCUCUUUACCAUUUCCGACAGAGUCCAGAAAAUAGAUUCGAAAUGUUGCGUCAUGACGACGUGAACACGCUCCGUUCCGGAGCUGGCGACAACGUCAGCAAGUCGGAGAAGAAAAAGAACAAAAACAAGAAAUCAAAGGAUCGGCCAGAGUCGGUGGCCGGUGCUGACUGGACGUGGAAAGAGCAGGUGGAUCUGGUCAAGUUUACCAAAUCACCCAUUCAGGCUUCUCUGUUGCAGCUCGAUUCCAACGAGCUCAACAAACUGGCCCUGGAAGGUUUCCUUUCCAUCAUGAAGUAUAUGGGCGACUACCCGAUGGCCAAAGGGCAGUCAGAAGUUGACAGUGUGUACACUAUUCUAAUGAAUUGCCACAAGCAUGAAGCGCUGCGUGAUGAGACCUACUGUCAGGUCAUGAAACAGACGACCAAUAACAAGUCUUCACGCCCAGAUUCUUGUCAGCGCGGCUGGAGGCUCUUCUCCAUCACGGCUGCUUAUUUUAGUUGUUCUGAAGUAUUGAAACCGUACUUGUUCAAGUACCUUGAGACAGCAGCCUACGAUAAACGACGAGCUUAUCACGGAACGGCUAUGGUUUGUCUGCAGAAUUUGCGCAAAACUCUGCGAUACGGUGGGCGUAAGAACGUGCCCAGCAUCGAAGAGAUCACGGCCAUCACGGCUGGCCGAAAUUCCAAACGUCAAAUGUAUCGACUUCCAGGUGGUACGGAGCGAGUAAUCAACACCAAAUCCACGUCGGUCGUCCAGGACAUAAUCGAAGAGAUUUGUGGUGUGAUCAACGUUCGAUCCGAACAAGAAAUGGAAGAAUAUUCACUGUAUUGCAUCGUGGAAGGUGAUACGUUCACUAUGCCCCUUGCUCGCGAAGAAUACAUACUCGACGUCACAACCGAGUUGCAGAAGAAUCAACAGGUUUACUACCUGAUCUUCUGCCGUUCAGUCUGGCACUAUCCAAUGCGGCUGGAUAACGCUCUUUACAUUGAAAUCGUCUUCAAUCAAAUAGCACCUGAUUACCUGGAAGGAUUGUUGCUUGUCAUGCCUGGCGAGCAGAUUUCUCAAGAUUGCGUUUAUGACAUUGCAAAAGUUGCUGCUUUACUUCACCGUGCAGCUGAUUUAGACCACAUGCCUACCAUGAAAGAGACCAAAUAUCUAUUGCCGAAGCCGGCCCUCUCUGUUCGUGACAUCAAACCUCCACAAUGGGUUAAUCUGGUCCAGAGCUCUUGGAAAGAAGUCGAACAUUUUAAACCGUCUCAGGCCAAAGCUCAAGUUUUAGAGGUGUUAGAAAAGUGGUCCCUUUUUGGUUCGAGUUUCUUCGCCGUCCGGCGCGACGCAGAUCCGGCUGAACGAUCUGAACAUAUUUUAGCGCUCAACCGGAACGGUGUUCACUUCCUUGAUGUCAUUACUCACGAGACUUUGAUGCACUAUCCUUAUUCCGAGGUGAUAUCUACUCGCAAAGUCAAAUCGGAAGAAGGCCCCCUUUUCCUGGACAUGAAAUGUGGAAAUUUGAUGCAGCAGCGCGUGACCCGCAUUCAAACAGAUCAGGCCCAUGAGAUAUCUCGCCUGAUCCGUCAAUAUAUCACCAUUCAACAACGCAUCCAGCAGCAGAGCGUUAAAGAAGAGAGUAAUCUCGCUUCACGCUGAUGAUCCAAUCGCUUUUAAAAUUACUGUUUGCCGUGGUAUAUAAAGACAAAAUCGCAAAUAAAAUUUAAAAAAAAAGUUAAAAUAAAUAAACAAUGAAAGAAAAAUUAUUCUUUCAACAUAGCCCAUUUUUAAAACAUUUCUAUGCUCCUAUUGGCCAUUGUGUAAUUUCUCUGUAAGAUUGGGACUAAUAUACCAUUUGUAAUAGUUAA